UGUCACUGUUACAUACAGAUUACAGAUUGUUUUCUCCUUAUUCGAACUUUCCUUCCAUGGCGAAUGGAUAGAAAGAAUAACAACCUCAUCAUCGAAAAUGCUUCUAAACCAAGCUUUCUCUUCAUUCCACUCAAAACCACUUCGUUCUUCAUACAUUCCUCUCUCUUCUUCUUGUUCUUCAUCAUCUUCUCCAAUACGGCGUCGUUCAGUGAAAACAACCAUUCCACGCAAAACAAAUCUCAAAAUCCUCACAACACGCAUAGUUCAACUCACUCGUCGUAAACAGCUUCGUCAGAUUUUCAAUGAAAUUGAAGUUGCGAAGAAACAGUUUUGGAAGUUGAAUACGAUUGUUAUGAAUGCGGUUAUUGAAGCUUGUGUUCGUUGUGGUGAUAUUGAAUCAGCUAUUAGGAUUUUUGAUGAGAUGAAAAAUCCUGAAUCUUGUGGUGUGGAUACUGUUACUUAUGCUACCAUUUUGAAGGGUUUAGGCAAGGCACAUAGAUUUGAUGAAGCUUUUCAAUUGCUUGAAUCUGUCGAAAAUGGUACUGCCGUGGGAAGUCCAAAGUUGUCAGCACCAUUGGUCUUCGGUUUGCUAAAUGCCUUAACAGAAGCAGGAGACUUGCGUCGUGCAAAUGGCCUCCUUGCCUGUUAUGGUUCUGUGCUUCGUGAAGGCGAACAUUUUUCAGUCUCAGUAUACAACCUUCUAAUAAAGGGGCAUAUAAACUCAGGCUGUCCUGACACUGCAAUAAACAUGCUCAAUGAAAUUUUACAUCAAGGAAUAAUGCCCGACAGGCUCACAUAUAACACACUGAUUUUAGCAUGUGUUCAUAGUGAAAAGUUGGAUGUUGCCAUGCAAUUAUUUGCGGAAAUGAAGGAAAAAGCGCAGAAAUUCAUCCAUGGUGAUCUGUUUCCAGAUAUUGUUACAUACACAACAUUGCUCAAGGGUUUUGGGCAGGCAAAGGAUCUCGUUACAGUUUUGCAAAUAGUGCUGGAAAUGAAAUCAUGUUCUGAGUUAUACAUUGAUAGAACUGCUUACACUGCAAUGGUUGACGCUUUACUAAGAUGUGGCUCUGUUAAGGGUGCUCUGUGUAUUUUUGGAGAAAUACAGAAGCAGAUUGGUUGUAAGCAAGAGUUGAGACCAAAGCCUCAUCUCUAUCUUUCUAUGAUGCGUGCCUUUGCUUUUCAAGGAGAUUAUGAUCUGGUUAAAAAUUUGCAUAAGCGGAUUUUACCAGAUACAGUAGGAAGAAUCCUACCAGUUUCCCAAGAAGAAGCCGACCACCUUCUAAUGGAAGCAGCCCUGAACGCUGGCCAGGUCGAUGUUGCUAUUAAAACUCUUACAUAUAUUCUUUCAAGAUGGAAGGGCAUAUCCUGGACAAGUCAUGGAGGAAUGGUUGCUUCUCGUAUUGAGGCCUUAUUGGGAUUCUCGGCAUCUUUAUUCAAUCCUUUCUUACUUCCUCAGGUUUUGCCUUCUGAACCGGUUGAGGGUUUCAUGAUACCAUUUGAAGAAACGCGGCCACUACAAGGAACCAUAAAGCUGAGGGAUGUGGUAUCACGUUUCUUUAAUGAUGCAGUAGUUCCUAUUGUAGAUGAGUGGGGCAGUUGUACAGGGCUUUUGCACCGCGAAGACUGCAAUCAGUUGGAUGCUCCACUUUCAACCAUGAUGAGAAGCCCUCCUCCCAGUGUUUCAGCUUCAACAUCUGUUGGUCAUGUAAUUGACUUAAUUUUGGAGAAGCGUUACCCAAUGGUUAUCAUUGUAAAUUGCACCGAUGUGUUUGCUACUACAUACGGCUGUAGAGCGAUUGGAGUUUUUACAUUAGUACAAUUGAAUAGGCUUAUCAAACCUGUAUCUGAAGAGAAAAGGGAUAGACCUUUCACUCUGCAGAAGAUGAUAACAUAACAUUUUUAGUUGUACCAAUAUGUCAAAUUUUAUUUUUUGUGGUGUCAAAAAAUGCAUUAGUUUAAAAUCGAGUAGUUUCCAUUGGUUGAAAAUGAAUUUUUUCUAGUG